CUUCGGUGGAGCGAACUCCCGGCAGCAACGCCCAGCCCCGGGUGGGCGGGACCGCUCGAAUCUACCCACUUAACCCGCGGACUCCAGCUCCAUCCGCUCAUACCUCUCAGCCUCGGGAAGUGGAAGGGCCGCGCGGGAGACUGGGGCUUCGCCUGUGAGUGUCCCCCGGGCAGAGGCGGGCCCGCGGGAUCCGCAUCCAGGAGCGGGACGAGGGGCGCCCCUGUCCCGUCCUUCGCGUGCGCCCCUGCUCAGCGCGCAGGGCCUGCGUGUCCUCGUGCCGACUCCUCCCUCGCGCGCCUCGCCCGCGGCUGCUCCAGCGCACGCGCGCGGCCUCGCGCAGGGCGGGGAGGGGCGGCGGCCGCGGGCGCCCGACCUCGAACCUGUCAGACCAGACCCGGGGAGCCGGCCUGGAGUCGUGGGCGCCGCAGGCGCGAGGACGGCCCCGCUGCCCCGCAGCCCCGGGCCGAGCUGUGCGUGCCGGCCCCGCCGAGCCGGCCGGGGGCGGAGAGAUGAGCUGCGGCACCGCGGCGGCGCCCCAGGAUGGGGAGGGACGCGCGGCAGUGCCAUCGGGAACUGGCACUCGGGUGAAGUAGGAGCCGCCGGCCGUCCGCCUGCACCGAGCCGUUCGGCGCCGCGGCCGCACAGCCUCUGCCAUGGCCGGAUCCGGCGUGUGGAAGCGCCUCAAAUCUCUGCUGAGGAAGGACGAUGCGCCGCUGUUUUUAAAUGACACCAGCGCCUUUGAUUUCUCGGACGAGGUGGGGGAUGAGGGGCUUUCUCGAUUUAACAAACUUCGAGUUGUGGUGGCCGACGAUGGUUCUGAAACCCCGGAAAGGCCUGUUAACGGGGCGCACCCGGCCCUCCAGGCCGACGAUGAUUCCUUGCUGGACCAGGACUUACCUUUGAGCAACAGUCAGCUGAGUUUGAAGGUGGACCCCUGUGACAACUGCAGCAAACAGAGAGAGUUGCUGACGCAGAGAAAGGUGAAAACCAGAUUGACCAUUGCUGCCGUUCUUUACUUGCUUUUCAUGAUUGGAGAACUUGUAGGUGGAUACAUUGCAAAUAGCCUAGCAAUCAUGACAGAUGCACUUCAUAUGUUAACUGACCUAAGUGCCAUCAUACUGACCCUGCUUGCUUUGUGGCUGUCUUCAAAAUCACCAACCAAAAGAUUCACCUUUGGAUUUCAUCGCUUAGAGGUAUUGUCAGCUAUGAUUAGUGUGCUGUUGGUGUAUAUACUUAUGGGAUUCCUCCUGUAUGAAGCUGUCCAAAGAACUAUCCAUAUGAAAUAUGAAAUAAAUGGAGAUAUAAUGCUCAUUACCGCAGCUGUUGGAGUUGCAGUUAAUAUGAUAAUGGGGUUGCUAUUGAACCAAUCUGGUCACCAUCAUGCCCAUUCCCACUCCCUGCCUUCAAAUUCUCCUACCACAGGUUCUAGAUGUGGACAGAACCAUGGGCAGGAUAGCUUGGCAGUGAGAGCUGCAUUUGUACAUGCCUUGGGGGAUCUGGUACAGAGUGUUGGUGUGCUAAUAGCUGCAUACAUCAUACGAUUCAAGCCAGAAUACAAGAUUGCUGAUCCCAUCUGUACAUAUGUGUUUUCAUUACUUGUGGCUUUUACAACCUUUCGAAUCGUAUGGGACACAGUAGUUAUAAUACUAGAAGGUGUACCAAGCCAUUUGAAUGUAGACUAUAUCAAAGAAGCUUUGAUGAAAAUAGAAGAUGUAUAUUCAGUGGAAGAUUUAAAUAUCUGGUCUCUCACUUCAGGAAAACCUACUGCCACAGUACACAUACAGCUAAUUCCUGGAAGUUCAUCUAAAUGGGAGGAAGUACAGUCCAAAGCAAAGCAUUUAUUAUUGAACACGUUUGGCAUGUAUAAAUGUACUAUUCAGCUUCAGAGUUAUAGGCAAGAAGUGGACAGAACUUGUGCAAACUGUCAGAGUUCCAGUCCCUAAUUGUAUACAUUUUGGAGACUACCGCCUUAUUUAUCCUGCAGUCACAGAUGUAAGAGCAAUAAAUGCACACCUAAAUGAGAAAUGGAAUCCCUGACAGCUGUGUCAGUAUCAAGCACCGGUCUCUCAAAACAGUCACUCUAGCCUGACAGUGCUACUUUCUGUUUAAUGGCAAAAUGAGACUUCACCAUGAUUUUCAGAUGAAGAUGUUUCUAAAACACUGUUUACAGAAUGAGACAUGACUCUACAGAUACCUCAUAGAAGACAAUCCGAGACCGUACUUCAUUAAUUAUGACAGUACAUGUCUUAAAGGAAGCAUCAAGAAUUCAGUAUUUGCAUUUAAAAAUCCUUUUUAAAGGCCAUUUUAUAUCAAGCUAGUGCUGGAAAACUGAAUUUUUUUAUUAUGUAAUCUUGAACCUAGCUUCUGGAAUUUGACACCCAGCUCUCUUUUUACCAAAAUUAUUUCUCAGCAGAUUUCAGAAAGUACUACUAAUUAUCCAGAGAGUGGAAUAAGCAUGUAUUCCUAGAGUUUCAGAAAUGUUUGAUUUCACAAAUAAGUCUUAAUCUUACUGUUAACAAUUUGUAAUCAAUUUUUUCCAGACGUUACAGGGUUUUGAAUCUCAAAGUUAGCAUUUUUGGUUAUUUGUAACCUUAUCAGAACCCAAUCUUUACAUAUUGUGGUCACUGUCAUUAAAUUGUUUAGGAAAUAUUUUCACUAUUAUUCUGAAUAGCAGAAGUUAAUCAUAAACUCAAAUUACUAUAUGAUAAUUUAAAACAAAAUAUGGGAGUGAGGAUGGGGUGUGGAGUUUCAGAUUUAAGUCUUCCCGAAAUCACUUGUUGUUCAUGGAAUUAUUUUAAGAACAGCAAGAGACUGCAAAAGGUAAACAAUGAUCCUCUGUCCUUUUAAGAACUGCUUUACCUUUUGUACAGAAAGUUUGCUUGGUACCUUGCUUCCUUCCUGCUUCCAUGCCAGUUAAUCUGUGUGAGCCCUUUCAGGGUAAAACUCUGGGAAGCUAAGGUUCAGUGUGCCCUUCACCUCUCAUGUGUAGAUUAACCACAUUCCUCCAGAGAAUUUUGGCUGGAUGAUAUGGAUUAGGGAUUCUCCAUGGAAUCCAGAAACCCUAGGAUGUAAUUUUGAAGUUUUUCCAAUAAUAAUACCUUAACAGAAACUCCCAGAGGGAUUGGGGCAAGAUAUUACUCUGAGAAAACAAAAUUUUCAAGGGUUUUUGACCUCGUGUGUGUGUUUUUUAAAGCAGGGGAAUGGGGAUGGACAUGAAAUCUGUGUUGCAGGGAGGCUAAGCAUAAAAGUUUUCAGAGCAAAUGCAACUAAUUGGUAACAGUUGUGUUAAAGAGGCAGCUGUGAAUAUUCAUGUUUCAUUUUGCAACUGUUGGUUUUGAGAUUAUCUUUAUGCACAUUAGAAAUCCAUUUUCAAGAGGAAGAGUUUCUUAUCCCAAGAAUGGAUAUGGUUCUUUGACUCCUCAGAAUCAGAGUAGAGUGUACUAGACAAGUUGUGAACUGAAAUCCCAGGUGGGCAUGCAGUUGACUUCUGAUAUAAAUGAAGAAUAGGAAACAGAUUUCAUCUUCCUACCAAGAAACUCACUAUGUGAUAAACCUAAGAUAAAACCUAGAUUUACCUAAAAAUUUAUUGAGUUGAUGGUAUCCAAUAAAAGGGUUGAUGAGGAUUAAUGGCUCCUAAUAAAACCCAGUGUCUGUUGAAUUGAAUUGAAAAUUCACUUUAUGGGAUUCUUACUGUGAAUCUAUUUAAAAUAAUGCUUUGAAUUUUUCAAAAAUUUCAGUAAGCAUAUAAACUGUUUAAAUCAAAAUAAAUUUAAAAUACAGAGGGCAAGUAAGAAUAAAUGAGAGGCAUUUCAGUGGACAUCUGGGUAUUUAUGGACUUUGAGUACCUAGCAAGAGAAACGAAAAGAAUAUGCGUUAUAUAUGCUAAUUAUGCUAAUGAAUUUCCCCAUAUUUGCUAAUUGUUCCUCAUAUCUAUGGAGCUUGUUUCUUGUAAACUUUCCUUUAUCUUAAAUAGCUAUAUAUGACUUUUCAUGAUGACUCAUUCCUUGGAAAGUUAUUUGAUGAAACAGUCUAAAAUCCAUUUGAGGAUUGAAAGGAUCCUCUUGUAAAAUGCAGAAACACUGAAAACUUUUGUAAAUUUUAAUUAGAGUGUUCUCCUUUAAGUGAGGCACACAUGAAGUUUCCUGUGCUUUGCUUUUUGUAGCAAAGACUAUAGACUUUGUACUUGUGCUCCACUGGGUAAGAUUUGAGGAUUGAUAGAUUUAACUUUUUGUAACUUCACAAGACCCACAGAGAGGGAUGUGAACUUAGCAGAUAGGACCAGGAACUGCACAGCUGGUCUGUCCUUCACCUGCUUAGUUACAGCCCUAAGUUACACUCCUCAGCCAGCCCUCAGAAAGGGCUUUCCAUUGUCCUGGGAAAGGCAGUGGCUGUUUGUAUAAAUACCAAGCAUUGUUAAUAUUGCACGGAAAACAUCACAACAUAAAAACUGGGCAGUUCUUCAUUGCAAUGUAUUUCAGUUAACAUUUGCAAAUAAUCAGAGUUACUUGUGUAUAUAACCUGUGUUUCACAGCUCUGGCCAGAUGCAGCAUUUUGAUUUAUUUUAGGAAAAAGACCUAUUGUUUCAUUAAUGACCAUGCUGCUUUAGAAAUAUAAUGUGGGGAAUGCAGUUGAGUAAGGCAUAUUUCAGAAGGCUUUGAAAUGCAGAACCAGUAGUGCUUGUAAUUCCUCCAUACGUUUUCCAUUAGCUAUUUCUUGUGUAAUGUGAGCCCAGAUUUUCACAGCUUGCAGCUCCCAUCAGUAUUAUUUGCCAAAUCACUGGAUUUCUUAUUUUACUGUUUUCAAGUUUGGGUGCUUUGUUCCCAUUUUUCUAAAACUAGUUUUCUGCUCUUAGGAGUCUCAAUGUUCUGGUUCUGUCUCUUGAACCCAGGUGUCCUCACCGACAGUGUUUGUCUUUAGUAAAAUUUUCCCAGAAUAGACUCAGGCAGGAUCAGAUACUUGAGCUUCCCUUUCAUUUUAAUGUGAGGAAAAACCAUCUUUCAGAGACAAAGCACCACUUAUAAAUGUGUUUCUGGGUAGGGAAGAACCUUGUUUUAAACAGCUGGUUGUUCCUGAUCCAGAUUUCUCUGCAUGCUGAGCUCUAUAGAGUAAGUGUGGUAGAAGUGGAUGCACUGUACAACAAACAGCAAGCCAAGAUCACUGCUGAUAAGACUCGGGGUUGUGUUUCUCAAACCACCGCUCAUACUACUUUAGAAGAGAGAAGAAUUCACUUCUGAAACAAGCACAAUUAGCUAAAUUUAUUUUCUUCUUAUGCGUUUAUAUUAAUUGGUUCACCGUAAUGAGUAAGGCGUUCUUACGGAAUUUGAGCCCCUUUGGAAUAAGGUUUUAGGCACUUUUGCUGUUGCCUCUACCGUACGUACAGUAAAUUUAAAGUUAUAGAAUGUGUUCAUAGAUACAAGAUUAGUUCAUUGGGUUCAGUUUGUCUUUGAACCAAACUUCACUUUUGAGCCUGUUGGGUAUUAGUCACAAAUGAAUAGUGGCACCUCGCUAUAUGCUGUGUUGAGGGGAGGCCAGCCUGAUCCCCAAAUUGAUGAUUAAGCUUAAUGUCUCUAUAACCAAAAUACCAUUUGCAAACCCUGGCUACAGAUCUAUCCUGUGAAUCCCACCAGACAGGGCUUCAGAUUUAUGUUAACAGAUCGCUAGCCAGGGAUAUUGUGAUGUUGAUAGGAGCACGCAAAUUGGAGAGAAGAAUUGUUGUGAGAGUUCCUCGGUGUUGAAUUGUGUGUGUGCAACUGGGUUACACAUUCGGGCCAGCCUGUCAUUGAAUUCUUGCUUACAAAAGGUUUAACCCGUUCUUCCAGUCAUGUGGUGAGGACCAACAAACAUUUUCUGAGUUUUGGUAAGAUUGGAAAACAUUAUGGAGACUUUCCCAGUUAAACCUGUGACAGUGUCGAUUUAAAUAUUGCAAUUAAGUAUAUUACGAAAUAACUGCAACACAAAAUUGAAAAGUGCCAGUAUGUCAGCUUUGCACCUGAAAAAUAAUGUAUAUUUGGAAAGCUUAUGCUUCUCUAAAUAAAUGUAUGUUAAUAAGUAAGCCAUAUCACAGUUUAAGAAAUUGUAUAUACUUUUCCAUAUACACCUUCAGAAACUAGGUAUUUUGCAUAAUGAUUGAUUUUAGAAAGAUUUUGAAGCUGGAGUUUGUCCAUGUAAUUUAAGAUCGAAGUACAGUAUAUGUAUAUGUACUGUAUUUGCAACUUUCAAAUUGUAAUUUCCUAUACAUUUAUUAAAUAAAGUAUUGUUUUGCCAUGUGGUUUAUUAAAAAAUGAAAGUGUACAUUGCCUUAAAUUUCUAGGCUUUUUAAAUUGAAUAAAUAAUCAUAAUAGGCCUUAAAAGAUAAUCUUCUUAGAAAGAAAAGCAUUGGAAAAUAGAUUUUAACCUAUCUAGUUUUAUUUAUUUAUUUUUAAUUAAUUUAUUUUUUGGCUGCGUUGGGUCUUCAUUGCUGCGCGUGGGCUUUCUCUAGUUGGGGCGAGUAGGGGCUACUCUUUGUUGCGGUGCACGGGCUUCUCAUUGCGGUGGCUUCUUUUGUUGCGGAGCACGGGCUCUAGGCGUGUGGGCUUCAGUAGUUCUGGCACGCGGGCUCAGUAGCUGUGGCUCGCAGGCUCAGUAGUUGUGGCGCACGGGCUUAGUGGCUCCGCGGCAUGUGGGAUCUUCCCAGAUCAGGGCUUGAUCCCGUGUCCCCUACCUUGGCAGGCGGAUUCUUAACCACUGCGCCACCAGGGAAGUCCCCUUAUCUAGUUGCAUAAUCUCUGAUUGUAAUGCCUUUUAGAUGUUUAAGAAAUAACAUCUUCCAGAUAGGAUAAAAGAGAGAUUAGAAGAACCUUUACUUUUUAUAUCAAUCACUUUUAAUCUCCCUGCAGCCCCAGCAACAGUGGCAGACAGGAAAGAAAGAGGCCCUAGCGGGAGUGAGUUUGGUGAGGACCGUCGGGAAGUGUGAGCGUUGCGACCUGAGGAGCCUCCAACGGUGCAGACCACGGGUCGGCGGCACGCCUCACAGGCCCGUC